UAGGCAUUCCAUCUUGAUAUUUCAAAUACUCUUACUCCACAGUUCUUGAAUGCUCUCCUGAUGGACAUCAGAUCCUGCAGAGCCCUUACAGAAGUGUGGAUUUUGAUUCAUCCCACCUCCAGCAAUCAGCCAUUCAGGAUUUAAUCUGUGACCAUUCCCUAACACCAGGAUGGUAUCGCUUCAUGAUUUUUGAUAAGCCUGCUGAGAUGCCAACCAAGUGUGUGGAGAUGAAUCGCUGUGGGACUCAAGCCCCUGUCUGGUUGUCUCUGAGGGAGUCAGAGUCCAUGCCUCGACCUGGUGAGAUGAAGCAGUUAACAGCUUGUGCUACCUGGCAGUUUUUCUUCAGCACUUCAAAAGACUGCUGUCUUUUCCGGAUCCCUGUCAGGGUGAGGAACUGCGGAGAGUUCUUUGUUUACUUACUGCAGCCCACCCAAGGAUGCAUGGGGUAUUGUGCAGAAGUUGUUUCAGAUGCAAGGCCACAGAGUUGUGAUCCUGAGGAAAUGGAAAUUGAAGGUGUCUGUAGCAGUAACCUGGCUCCUACAUCAUCUCCAUCUGUGUCACCACCACUUCCAUCUGUUCCUCAAGUUGUAGCAGAGAUGAUCAAAGGCAGCAUCUACCUAAGGUGUACCUUUGGCAUUCCUUUUGCAAACAGCUCUGUUGGAUUCAUUGUAACUUGGUCAAGACUUUCUCCUGAAGGUGUCAAAGAAGAGCUUACACAUGAAACGGCAGUUCAUACCUUCUCUCUUCUAGAACUAGAUGGGAUAAACGUCAGACUUGGAGACAGAGUCUACUGUAGCAGUUCUUCUUUUUUCAUGGAGAAGCCAGAUAUACAAAGCUCUUCAGUUGAGAGCAAGGAAUUUUUUGCUGGAAUUAAGAUACAUCCAGAAACAUAUGAUAUAUCAGAAGAUGGGAAGGCAUACAGACUGACGAUAGAAAGUAGCAUUCCUAUUCCUUGUCCUGAAUUUAGCCAGCUAAAAAGUGACUGCAAAAUCUCACUAACAUUAAACAGUGUUGAUGAAGGUAAAGAGCAGUUAGGUCUAAACUUGGCUCUUUCUUCUUGUCAUGUGGAUCUUCUCCAGAAAUCCUGCAAUAAUGGACUCUGUGGUCAAGCUGUAAUUUAUUUCACUGCUGUGACAGACUUCAUGCAGGAUGGAGACAGGAUUACCAGAAUUGCAGUCGAACCUAUAUCCAGUGAGAAUUUCCUGUGGAAUGGCUAUGUUCCAGAAAGCACACAGAUUACAGUUAAGGAUCUACCCACUGCCUACUGCUACUCAUUUACUGACCCUCAUAUAAUUACUUUUGAUGGAAGAGUCUAUGACAAUUUUAAAACAGGAACAUUUGUUCUCUAUAAGAGUACAUCUCGAGAUUUUGAAGUUCAUGUUCGUCAGUGGGAUUGUGGAAGUCUUCACUACCCAGCAUCCUGCAACUGUGGCUUUGUUGCUAAGGAAGGAAGUGAUAUAAUUGCGUUUGACAUGUGCAGUGGUCAGCUCCAUGAAUCACAGCCACACUUGUCUGUAAUAAACAGAGACACAACAGGAAGCAAUGUCAGAAUCACUGAAUCCUACCUAGGAAGAAAAGUAACAGUUUUGUUUUCUUCUGGAGCUUUUGUUCGUGCUGAUGUGAGCGAAUGGGGAAUGAGCAUAACGCUCAGGGCACCCAGUUCCGAUUACAGACAUACAGUGGGACUCUGUGGCACCUUUGAUGGAAAUGCAGAGAAUGACUAUCACACUGCAGGUGGCAUGGAAAUCCCAAACGAUGCUAAUGUUCCUUUUUCUUUUAUUAAGGAAUGGAGAAUUUUACCAGGAGAGAGCUUGUUUGACAAGACACCUGCUUCAUUAACAUCUUCAAGAAAAAUUUUCUUCUGUGACUGUACACUUGAAGAUGCCAGAUUAUAUGAACCAGCAAACAAACUGGAGACAGUUACUCAGUCAGAGCCUCCUCUGUCUUGUAAAGAUAGUGAAAAUGGUAGAUUUCUUUCUUUGAUACCAGGACUGGAUGUCACUGCUGAGUAUCUUGGUCCUGCUGAUCUUGUCAGGGGCUUAAAGAAACGUUCAUCUACACAUGAAGUGGAUUCAUCUACACUUCUGCAGAGGCAGAAUAAUCAAACUACACUUCACAAAACAUCCCUAGUAAACUUGCAUCUCUCUGCCAUCUCAGUGGGAAAUACUGGGACAGAAAAAGAGGGAAGUUCCAGCUUAGACAUUAGGAGGAAUUCUCACCAUUACAACAGUCGUCUUCACAAAAGUCAAUCUGCUACAAGUAGAGGGAAGCGCCAGAAUUAUUAUGAAUACCAUCCAGUAUUCAUCUUCCAAAGUCUCAGCCAAACAGAUUUAGAGAGAUAUAGUUAUUUUUUCCCAGAGGACCAUGCCACUGACACAGCUGAAAAGCUCCUUCCUUCUUGGCCCACACCUUCAGGCCUCACUGAAUCUGGUGCUUUGUUCCUGUGCCAGCAGGCAAUAGCUAAUUCCAGCAUAGGGAGAUCCUGUGGUGCCCUCCUUGGCCGGCGCACAGGGGAUGCCAUCGAUAUGUGUGUUAAAGAUUUGCUGCUGAAAGAUGACCUCGGUUGGGCAGAAGCUUCCUUAGCUCUGCUGGAGAAUGAAUGUGAGAAAAGAAUUUUAGAAGAAAUACAUUACAACCCACAGGAACUUGAAGAGUCAGUUGAGAGCCUACUUACUGCUUUAAAGUGUCCCAGUCUCUGUAGUGGUAAUGGGGAAUGUACAGAAUGGGGCUGUGCAUGUUUUCAAGGAUACAGCUCAUAUGACUGCAGCAUUCUGUCUGACCAGGCUCCAGAAAUUACAGAGCUGGAGAAUGCUGGGCUCUGCGAUAUUCGACAGUAUGAGUGCACAUCAGUGAGAGUGUUUGGACAUGGCUUCAGGGACUCAUUGAACCUGAAAUGUGAAAUCAUCAAAUUGCAAUAUAGUGAUAGACAAUGGAUUCCUGGAGAACCUGUAACUAUGCCAGCUGCCUUCCAAAAUGCCAGGACUGUUGACUGCCAGUUACCAAAUGAUGGCCAGCAGUCUGAUGUCAUGGAUGUGGUUGACGACAAACCCAUUGCCAGAUGGCAAAUAAAGAUUUCUAAUGAUGGAUUUGUUUAUAGCAACUCUAAAACAAUGAUAUUGUAUGAUGGAGCCUGUCAGACAUGUGAACCACAAGAAUCUGGGUUAUGUACAUUAAAGGAGAAAACAUGCAACAUAGAUGGACUCUGUUAUGGGGAACGAGACACAAAUCCAACCAGUCCUUGCUUACUGUGCAGACCUGACUUAUCAAAGUUAACUUGGUCAGUUGUUGAAAAUAACCAGCCUCCAGUGCUUGAAAAUUUUCAGGGUAUGCUACAGACAUUUUAUGGAGAAGAAUUUUUAUAUCAGUUUUUGGCUUCAGAUCCAGAGGGCUCUGCUAUUCAUUUCACUAUGGAUUCUGGUCCAGAAGGUGCCAGUCUUUCCCCAUCCGGUCUCCUUUUGUGGAAAGCUGUGUCAAUGAAUGUCCAUAAAUUAACAUUUUCUUUGACAGAUGACUGCAAUGCAACGGCUAAGGUAGAAAUAGAGGUCAGUGUAAAAUCAUGUGAUUGCCUAAAUAAUGGCUCAUGUGUGACAAACAUUAAUUUCCCAUCUGGAAGUGGAAGAUAUCUUUGUGUGUGUGUGGCUGGAUUUGAAGGUGAUCUCUGUCAAGUGAAUACUGAUGACUGUAAACUUAACCAGUGUGGUAUUGGCAGAUGUGUGGAUGGAAUAAACAGCUAUUACUGUGAAUGUCCACAUGAACUUCAAGGUAAAAAUUGUCAAGAGGAUGUAGAUGAAUGUGCAUCCAGUCCUUGCUUCCCUGGAGUAUUUUGCUUCAAUACUUUUGGUUCUUAUCAUUGUGGUCCAUGCCCAAAUAAUAUGCAAGGAGAUGGGAAGUCAUGUCAUGAAAGCUUUGAUGGCACUGAUGUUGAAAGAAAGGAUUCCACGGGAGGAAUUGGAAGAAAUAAAGAAAUGGUCAGUAGCAGCAUGCCACCAGCCUCCACAGCAAAAACGUUCACUGCCUGGAUGACACCUGAUUCUCAGAGAAGUGCUUCUCUACAACCUGUGGUUACUGGAAACAUUGCUCAUGCCCUAGGCACUAUCAGUGGUCACCUUGCUGACGUGGACAACAGUUCUUCGGUACAUGCUGUAAAGGCUGCAUCUUCAAGGAGCCAUGCUGCAUCACCUGAGAAGAAAACAAGGGCACAAGUUGAGGCCUUCAGCUAUUUUGAGGGCAGCAGGACGACUUCCCCUAGCAGCAGAGCACAUAUAAGCAAAGGACAUUCUUUGCCAAGCAAAGCAUUCAAAGGUGGAAAUGCUCAGAGAGUUCUGCACCUAUUAGCUAAGCAUAAAGCAAGUCAUUUACCUUUUACCCUUGAGGAAGUCACUGUCCCACCAAAAAUGCUUCCUGAAGAAUUGAGUGAAACAGUGUUUCCUAAAGCAGUGACCUGUUCUGAUUUACCCUGUUUUCCUGGCGUACCCUGUGAACCAAGUCAGGAUGGAAGUGUCAGGUGCGGUCGUUGUCCUUACGGUUAUUAUGGAGAUGGCUUCACUUGCAGAGCAAGAUGUAGACAACCCUGUGGCAAAAAUAUGGAGUGUGUGGCACCCAAUAUUUGUAAAUGCAAGCCUGGUUAUGCUGGUUAUAACUGUCAGGCUGCUCUAUGCAGACCUGAUUGCAAAAACCAUGGGAAGUGCAUUAAGCCGAAUGUCUGUGAGUGUUUACCUGGAUACAGUGGCUCUACCUGUGAGGAAGCACAUUGUAAACCACCGUGUCAAAAUGGAGGCACAUGCUUGGCCAGAAAUCUCUGCACCUGCCCAUAUGGUUUUGUGGGACCAAGAUGUGAUACAAUGGUUUGCAACAGACACUGUGAAAAUGGUGGUGAAUGUCUCACUCCAGACAUCUGCCAGUGUAAACCUGGCUGGUAUGGACCUACCUGCAGCACAGCAAUGUGUAACCCUGUGUGUCUCAAUGGUGGUUCCUGUACUAAGCCAGAUGUUUGCCUGUGUCCACCUGGAUUCUUUGGUGCCCACUGUCAGAAUGCCGUCUGCAGCCCUCCUUGUAAGAACGGUGGUCAUUGCAUGAGAAAUAAUGUCUGUACUUGUCCUGAUGGGUACACAGGCAGAAGGUGUGAAAAAAGUGUCUGUGAGCCAAGAUGUAUGAAUGGAGGAAGAUGUGUAGGCCCAAACAUUUGCUCUUGUCCUUCAGGAUGGAGAGGAAAAAGAUGUAACACUCCAAUCUGUCUUCAGGAAUGUAAGAAUGGUGGGGAGUGUAUUGGACCAAGCACCUGUCAUUGUCCUCCACAGUGGGAAGGAAUCCAGUGUCAAACACCUGUGUGCUACCAGAAGUGUCUGUUUGGAGGGAAGUGUGUAUUGCCCAAUGUGUGCUCUUGUCGUCCAGGUUAUACUGGAGUCCUCUGUGGGAAGAAAAUUCAGGUACAAAGACAACAUGGUUGAAGAUGUGUGGCAAUUCAAUUGCAAUGCUGCAUGGAUGUAUGAGACUUGAAAAUAGCAAAGGGGUGAAGGCAAUUACAGAGUUCAUUUAAAUGGAAGGAAUAUUCAGAAGCCUUAUUUUAAAAGAUUUAUGUUAAUCACAAAUGUUGGUGAGCUUCAAAACAACAAUCUUGUAGUCAUUAAAACAUAUGUAUAUUCCUGUAAUUGUUUGCUACCUCAUGUAGAAACCUAACAGCCUCUGAUGUCUUCAUUGAAUUCCCAGAUCUGAUGACUGAGCCCAAAAUUCUGCAGU